AUGACGUCGCUGCGCCUUGCUCCUAGUCCUUGCUCGCUCAACUCCAGGCCUCGCCGGAAAAACCAGAAGUUGAGAAGACGUCAGUUCAGCCUUGCUUCUGCUUACUUACAGAAAACAAGCAUGAGCAAGGGAUUGGCAAGCCGCGGCACGAGCAUCAUGUUUCCGCUCCAUCUCACCAAGAUGAGUAACCGGCGGGACGAUCCAAAAGAUGCCAUCACAUCAUGCACCCAAGUCCAGAAAGACACUAAGCUUGUCGUCCAUUCACCCGGUACACCGUACAACAGCUGGAACGUGUUUCGGGCACUCGUGCUUUGCACAUCACAAGGUCACAUGUAG